UCUUCUGCACUUGUCUGUAAACGAGGAAAAUCCAACGGUUCCUAAAUUCUAGCUAAAAUAACUCAAGUCUUCUUUCCCUCAAAACAAAAUCUUAAAAUAAGGUUCUGUUUCUAAACUCUCGAAUCGAUCAAGAAUCAUGGUUCCUCCACCUAAAUCUAAGCUUGGAUUCUGGAAAUGUUUUCUUAUUUUACUCGUGAUUUCUCCUACUUUCUCUACGUUAGUCAUGUCUAAAAUCGAUCUCCGUUUGGUUUCUAAGAAGAAACAAAUGAGCCAGAAAGUCCGCAAAAUGUUUUAUCAUGCUUAUGACAAUUACAUGACUUAUGCAUUUCCGCACGAUGAGCUUAAACCAUUAUCGAAGAGUUAUACAGAUUCCCUUAGUGAAUUAGGAAAUUUGAAGCUAGAACACUUACCCCAGAACUAUAACGGAUCCGCAUUGACGCUUAUCGAAUCAUUGUCGAGUCUUGUUAUUAUGGGAAACUACACAGAAUUUGAAAGAGCUGUCCAUUGGCUUUCCGAGAACCUUACAUUUGAUGUUGAUGCAAGGAUAAGCCUAUUUGAGUGCAACAUAAGAGUUCUUGGAGGGCUUGUUUCUGCUCAUAUUCUUGCAACUGAUCCUACAAGCAGGUUAGUUCAAGGAGAAUACGGAAACCAGUUACUGACUCUGGCUGAAGAUUUAGGGCGGCGUUUCUUACGGGCAUUUGAUACUCCCACUGGAUUGCCAUAUGCGUGGAUUAAUCUCAAGUAUGGAGUGAUGGAGAAUGAAACAACGGAAACAAGCACAUCAGGGUGUGGUUCGCUCAUCCUUGAAAUGGGAGCGUUGUCACGGUUGACUGGCGAUCCCAGGUUUGAGGCUGCAGCUUUGCGUGCUAUUCGUAUACUCUGGAGCAUGAGGAGUCCUUUGAAUCUCCUUGGUACAACUCUGGAUGUGGUCACAGGCGAAUGGAUAGAGUAUUCCUCCGGAAUUGGAGCUGGUGUUGAUUCAUUUUAUGAGUAUUUAAUGAAAGCUCACAUUCUUUUUGGAGCGGAGGAGUACUGGGACAUGUUCCAUUCUGCUUAUCUUGCAGUGCAGAAGUACUUCCGUCAUGGUGCAUGGUACCAUGAAGCUGAUAUGAGAUCCGGAACAGCUACCUAUUGGCAACUUACAAGCCUUCAAGCAUUUUGGCCUGGUCUUCAGGUUCUUGUUGGAGAUAUCGCAGCUGCUAAUGUAUCUCACCGUGAGUUUUUCCACGUGUGGCAGAAGUUCGGGGUGCUACCAGAAAGGUACUUGUUAGACCGUGAUAUGUUGCAUCCUACGGAGAAAUAUUAUCCUUUACGUCCUGAGUUAGCAGAGUCCACAUUUUACUUGUAUCAAGCAACCAAAGAUCCUUGGUACUUGAAAGUGGGGGAGUCAAUGGUGAACUCUCUUAAUGCAUUCACCAAAGUUGAAGGUGGGUUUGCAAGCGUUAAAGACGUGACGAACAUGAAACUAGAAGAUCAUCAACAUAGUUUCUUCCUUGCUGAAACGUGCAAAUAUCUUUACCUUCUCUAUGAUGAUUCGUUUUUAGCUGGUAAGAAUUAUAUCUUUACUACUGAAGGACACCCUAUUCCAAUAAGAAGCGAUUGGCACGAGAAGCUUCCACAUGCCUACACUUCGUCUAACUGGACUUCACUUAAGGGUUCAAACCACCAAUCUGCACGUGCAAGUGCAAUGACCAUGCAAGUAUGUCCAGAUACUAUAAACUCUGGAGGCGGUGAGGGUCAUCAUGUUGAGAGUGCUUGCCACAUUCCUGAUUUUCGUGCAAACCACAGGUGUGCAGAUGAUGAAGAAUGUGGCACUGACUCUGUCUCUUGCAGGAAAAGAACAUGUAGCGUUGCUGGCUACUGUGGGCUGUGGCUGUCAAUAGCUUGAUGCUAUAUAAUCGCGCUAACUGACUACUAUAUAACAAGGCAUUCUUUUUGCAUCAACGAAUAAAUGCAAGUGUGCAAACCUUUAGAGAAAGACGAGAAAGCUGGACGGGUCUUGUGCUUGGUGGUAUGUAAACUUAUAUUUAUAGCAGUACAAACAUAAAACGAGAAAGAGAGAAAGAACAGGAAGAAUUUUUUUAUUAAGGGGGAUCCCAUUUAACAGUCACAUUUUUAUACAGAGAAUAUGAAAAUUUCUAUUGUGCA